ACUAUCGACGUAAUAGGUAACCUGUCCUACACGAAGAACUCAAGAAGUCGGCUGGCUGGGGUAGCUUAUUAACUCUAAAAGGUUAUUAAGAAAAUAAGAAUAAUGGCCUCAGACACGGGUGGUGUAAAGCCAAUGCCCAUUGCGGGCCGUAUGGUCCGCGAAAGAGAGAGACUAGUGGGUAUGACAAAUGAGGAAAGAGCAUGGAGAAAACAAUGGUUGCAAGAUCAAAUACUGUCUCCUAACGAACCCAGGCGUGUACCCGAAUUGGAACGAGAGUUAAUGAAUCCUAUUCGAAGGGCGUACAGAAAGCCAUUGGACGUUAUAUUUAAUGCUCUUAAGCCUACUAUUGGAGAGCGCCGAGCGCAGAUUGCACGGUACGUCACCGGAAAAGUCUUUAUAUCGUUGUUCGCCAUAUAUGCAACGACGUACUACUUCAAAUACAAUGCAAACGAUUGGACAAGGAAAGGAGGCUGGAGAGUACUUGUCAGCCGCAAGCGCGUCGUUCCCGGAGACCCAGAAUAUCCUAAGUUGUCCGAUAGACAAGUGCCUGCAGACUACGCCUCCAGGGGCUUCAAAAACUCACCUAUAUAAUCAGUAUCUUCAAUGUAGAAAACUUCACUGUACAGUAAUAUUAUGCUAUUGUAAAAUAAAAUGGAGUUUGUUAGUUUUGA